GGCUCCAAGCCGCCGCCGAUGAAAACAACCUCGUCGACCUAUACGAACCAAUACGAACCACUACGAACUGCCGAAAAGAGUCUACCAUGUCCGAAGAUUACCGCGCUGGGACAUGACAUGUAUGGCUGUUCGGUACGGUCGUACGGUUGUUUAGUUCAGUGUCGUAGCAGCAACAUAUGCAGAAAUAAAUUGAGACAUGGAGUGGGUUGGCUGCAUAGUUGUGGUGGACUGUGGGGCUGUCUUGGGCACCUACCAAGGGAAGAUCGUGAGCGUGGACCCUCAGAAGCAGCUGAUUGUCCUGGCUAAGGCUACACGAAAUGGAGCUACUUGUUCCUCUCCGGAUGUCACGAUAAGUGCUCAAGAUAUUGUGGACCUCAAUAUCAUAGAAGCUUCCGAAGAGACCAGUUCUAAUGGCUCAACAGUGAAUGCCCAAAGCGGAUCAUCAUUGCACACCAAUGCAGAUGCAGAUGGGAGCAGGAAAGAAUCAAGAAAGAAGCAGACGUCGACUCCAAAAAAAUGUGAGAGCAACAGUCGUAAAAAUGCAGCCAUGCGUGAACGAGAUGAAGCAUGCUUCAGUACCCCAGUUGACAGUGAUGUGUUGGAGAAGGACUUUGAUUUUGAGAAGAACUUGGCACUGUUUGACAAGCGAGCCGUAUUCAACGAAAUUGAGGCGACAAUGCUGCGACCAGGACCUCAAUCUGUGCCCAAGUAUAGAUGCGAUGAGAACGUCCUCGGCGGGGGAGAACCUACAGUUCUACGUCAGAUAACCGUGCCCUGUCCUUGUGAUUUAGAGUAUGUUACAGACACUGGUCUAGUGGUGCCAAGCGUAACAGUAGAGCUCAGAGAUGGCAUUGUAGAAGCCUGUGAAAGAUUUGGAUACUUGUGGCCUCGGCAGCUGGAGAUGCUGGGCCGUGCAUCAGCAGAAAUGGUCAUACAACUGCUUGGAGGAUGCCAUCGCUUAGAUCCUCAGAACAGUCACCAGCGUCCAACAGUGUUAGUUGUCUGUGGUGCACAUCGCCAGGGCACCCAAGUCAUUUGCUGUGGGCGACACCUGGCCAAUCACGGCAUUAGGGUGAUACUCCUCGCUGCUUCUGUCCAGUCGAGCGUCUUUGCGACAGAGUUGUCGCUCUUUAAGCUCAGUGGCGGAAAAGUGCUCCAAGCAGUUGCAGACCUGGCAAACUACACAGUGGACAUAGUCCUUUCUGGCCUAGAUGGUCCUGCAGAGGCUCUGGAGCCAGUAUGGACAGCACUCAUCUGUGCCUGGGUGCGUCAGAGCAAGGCAUCGGUGCUAGUUGUGGACCCUCCCGCAGAUCGAGCUCCUACCUUGUGCCCAAAGUGGGUCCUUAUGCCUCUUCUUCCCUUGGCCAUAAGGAAAGAUGUGGCGUCUUCUGCUGGGCUCUACCUCUGUGACAUUGGAGUGCCCAAAGCUGCCUUUAAGGAACUUGGGGUACAGUACGCGUCUCCUUUUGGGUCCAAGUUUGUUAUUCCAUUGCACGCUCGGACAGCCUCGUAGGACAGUUGGACCUUGGUUAUACGUGGUGAGAUGUGCCAUGUUGCGAAAACACCCAUCAAAUGGAGAAAUUGAUCUGAAGCAAGUAGUGAUGUCACAAACUUUUCUCUAACGUAAGGUUUGCAGUUGAACCCGCUGGUUUCGUGCGACCAACUUUCAAAUUUCUUGACAUAUUCGUAGACUUCUAAUCAACAGUUAGAAAUACUGUUAUUGAUAUAGCUUUUUUUAUAACUGACAAAAUUGAGUUAUGCCAGUAUCUUCACUCCUAGCUUCGUGUCUUAGAUCCGUCCGUCUGCUUGAAUUCUGGCAAAGAGUACGGGUGAAAUGAUCUGUGUUUUGUUUUGGGGAUUUUAUGCUGUGAGUACAGUGGAUCAUUAUAAAAUUUGUGAUUUACCACUUGGUACCAGCGAGACAUGCAUUGGUUUAGUGUAUUUUAAAGGGGACCGAUAUUGUAUUUGACGUAUUUCAAGUUACCUCCACUGCGAGCAUUUCUUUUAUUUGUAUUUGGUUCUUUUUCUUUUAUAGACACGGAUACAACAUGUGUAUAUGCAGUAUUUAGGGCAAGGUGGACAAACUUUGCACCAUUACAUUUUCAACUGUUAGUAUUUUGAAAUUAUGUGUGAUCCUUUUUGUUUUAUAGGUGCAGGUUAAGCAUGUGUAUGUGCCAACACGUAGCUGGCUUGUUUUGGUUUAGACAGAGUUUAUGUGCAUGCAGUGUAGUUUUGCCGUUGUACUUGACGAACAAUGCAGUUUCAAAGGCCCCCGUGGCGCAUUAGAUAAGGGGGAAGCAAACCAACAAAAUGUUUGUCCACAAAUCACUGCAGAAAAUUCAUCAAAAUAUUUUUUUCAUAGCAAGCCUGAGAAAAAGACACCGUCAUCUAUCACAACAACGUCAGUAGGAACAGAAUUCCAUUCUGAGAACUUGUAACCAACUGUGUGACUGUGUUUCGGGUGUAGUUUGGAUGAAUGGUCAAGACAGUUGAAUAUGAAAUGAGCUUUGGAGACAUAUUAUAUAUUAAUUAUCUUGGAGGAGACUUGGACACAGUGUUGCCCGUAAUUUUAAAUUUAGAGGGACUCUGACCAGAAGUUUGCCAAAUUUUUCGUUUGCAUCAACGUAUUUCGAAAGGAGUGCAUGUACAGCGUCAACCAAGAAGAGCUCUUGAGAUGGAUGCUUGAAACAAACGAGUCUUUCAUGUCUUUUUCUAAAUUAAAAGAUGCUUUUGUGUGCAACUUGGACGCACCACGACCGCUUGCUAGGCAGUGUCCAUAACAGGUGUUUUCCAGGUUUUUCAUCUGGCUAACAAAAGCCCAAGUAAACCCUCUCUGAUUCACUAGGUAGAGUUAGAGCAUCAUAUUACACACAAAUUUGUGGCAGCAUUUUGACUCAUAAAUGACGUGCUUCUGAAUUUGGGAAAGGGAUAGACGCACAGUGCAAUCAAACCUUGGCAAAUUUUUUUUCAGUUUCCUGAAUGAAAGUUGGAAUUUUGCGAAUUCAAACCUUGGACAGAUUCGUGAUAUUACUAGAAAAAAGUCUGUAGGAAUUGGUGUUGUGCAAGGACUGCUGCCAGUGCGACUGAAGAGGCUUGGUUGGAAAGGUAUUGAAAAUUUCUCGUUUAUGUAUAAGAGUGAUUUCGAAGUAAUCACUUCUAAAAGCCACACUGUUGUAAUAGCAGAAUGGAUACAUUCUGCUGUCCCAGAAGAUAGUGUUUGCAAAAAGUAUACUUCCAAUGAUGCACCGUUUGUAACUAUCGCAUUUUAAAAACCUCACUAGUAUAUUUUAAAAGCAAUAAAACUGCAGUCCAGGGGACAUGAAAGGAUGAGACUUGGGGUUUCACCACUUUUAAAAUGUACCAGCGAACAGCCCGGUUUUUAUAGUUUUUUUAACCUUCUCUCUAAUUUUUCUUAUGGAUAAAAAUGCUGCAAGUUGUGCGUGUUUAAUCUAUUUAUUUCAUGCUGUAAAGCUGCUAUACAGUUUUAUUGAGGAUGAUGUUAAUUGAGCAUAGAAGCACAGUUUUAUGCAUGUUUCAUUGAUCGAAAAUUUUUAUUAAUUGAAGUUGAAAAUCUGGUGUCGAGGUACCUUUCUCUAGUAUUUGUAUCUUGCUACAGAAGUAUGCUCAUUCCCUGCAUGUGUGCAUUGCAUAAAUGAGAAUGUGAACUACUGUGGUAGCGUCUGAAAAGUUUUGAGUCUUAUCAGCUGUUUAUUCCAAGUUUUGUGUUCAACAAUAGAACAUCGAAUUUCUUUUGUAGGGUAUGUGUUCAGAAACAAGUUUGCCUAAUAAAUGUAAUAGACUCAUA